UGCUAGGUUCGUGCGUAUGUGUGUUGUUUGACCAGCUGAAAAUGGCGGCUCGUAGCGUCGAAUCCGUCUAACUUUAUGGCAUAUUAAUAAACACAACAAUACACCAGUGUUUCGGCCUCGUAACAUGUGGGCAAACUUAUCGGAGAAGCUUUUCUUGCUCAUCUUGUGAAGCGUCACCCCGGCUGCUGCGACUUAACGGUGUUUCAACGUAGAGGUAAAAUCCUUGAGACUAUGGAGGAUACUCAUACACGAUACAGCAAACGCCUGCGUACUGGUACACGGCGGCGGUACCAGGAUGACGGAAUCUCUGACGAUGAAAUCGAAGGGAGACGUAUGUUCGACCUGGAUGAAAAAUUACAGUGUAGCAGGUUUGGCUCUGAAUUGGUCAAACAUAUGGAAGGGAAAGAUCUCACGUUUGAAUACAUCCAACGAGAAGGUUUGAGGGAUCCCAUCAUCUUUGAGAAAGAUGAAGGCCUUGGAAUACAAAUGCCAGACUCUGAUUUUAGCGUGAGUGAUGUGAAGGUGUUUGUUGGCAGUCGGCGCAUCGUUGACGUGAUGGAUGUGAACACCCAGAAGGGAAUCGAGAUGUCAAUGGCACAGUGGCGGCGCUACUACGAGACGCCGCCAUCUGAAAGAGAGAAACUUUAUAAUGUUAUCAGCUUGGAGUUUAGCCACACCAGAUUGGAGAAUCUGGUCCAAAGACCGGCUUCAGUGGACCUGAUUGACUGGGUGGACAACAUGUGGCCUCGCCAUCUCAAGGAGAGACAGAGGGACUCUACCAACGCCAUCAUUGACAUGCACUAUCCCAAAGUACAGAAGUACUGUCUAAUGAGUGUGCAGGGCUGCUUCACAGAUUUCCAUAUCGACUUUGGCGGCACUUCAGUCUGGUAUCACAUACUCCGAGGAGGAAAGGUGUUCUGGUUGAUUCCACCCAGCCCCCAGAAUCUGGAGAUGUAUGAGAACUGGGUUUUGUCAGGAAAGCAGGGAGAUAUCUUCUUGGGAGACAAGUGUCACGACUGCCAGAGGAUAGAGCUCAAGCAGGGCAACACCUUCAUGAUUCCCUCAGGGUGGAUCCAUGCUGUGUACACACCUGAGGACACCCUGGUGUUUGGGGGCAAUUUCCUUCACAGCUUCAAUAUUCCCAUGCAGCUCAACAUCUACAGCAUUGAAGAUCGUACUCGGGUCCCAGCCAAGUUUCGCUAUCCCUUUUACUACGAGAUGUGCUGGUAUGUCCUGGAGAGGUACCUCUACUGCCUGACCAACAUUUCCCACCUCACCCCCGAGUUCCAAAAAUACUCGCUCGGCAUAGGCCUGACGCGAGCAGACCUUGGGAUCCAUAACAACACAGGUAACGGUGCCUCCAAUAGCAUCGACGGUGAUGUAGAGAUAAAGUUGAAGGAAUCCGAAGACGAAGAAGUCCUAACGGAAGAAAAGAAUCCAGUCAUCAGACCGCGGCAUAUUAUAACACCCUUUGAGCUUGAGGGGCUGUGGAACCUUGUGGGGAAGCUGGAGGAAUUGCCUGCGAGCAAAAAAUGUGUCCCUUCUGGAAUUGGCAAUCCUGAAGCAUUAUUAGAAGACAUGAGGGCUGUUCUGAAAGAGCAUGCUAUGGAUAUCCCCAAGCUGUCUUACACUGGAGAACCCAUUGUCAAGUGGCCCAAAAGACCAUCAUGGUACCAACCACCAGAACCUCCACCAGCGCCGCUUUACCGUUCCCGCUUGGCUCCUCCGCUCCACAAAUCGUUGGGCCAUAAACGAUCGCGCAUUUCUGCUUUGAGGCGCCGGCGAGUGCGGUGCAAGACUUGCGCCGGGUGCAGCAGGAAAGAGUGUGGUGACUGCCAGUUCUGUCUUGACAUGAGGAAGUUUGGCGGGCCUGGAAGAAUGAAGAAGGGCUGCGUCAUGAGACAGUGUCUCAUGCCUGCUUUGCCAAAUACAGCCAGAUGCGCAAUUUGUGAAGAAGGGGAAGCAGAGGAAUCUCACCCAAGCACUCACACGCUCAUGGAGUGCUCUGUUUGUUCACGGAUAACCCAUCGGCGUUGCAUGAAGGAUCCUGGUGAGGGUAAAAUUAAUACAGAUUUGCCAAGCCUUUGGGAAUGUCCUCGGUGUUAUAACAGCAAAGGCUCCGAGUCGGAUCAGUCUUCCAGUGAGGGGGAAAGUGAAGAAUCAGAGAGUUCAACGUCCUUGCCUCCAUCAAAACUUGCCUAUCGGGAAGGUAUUGGCGUACGGGGCCGACGGGGCAAAGCCACAUCACGACCCACUGCUCGGCCCACAGCCCCGCCACCCUCUCAGAAAUUGCUACUGCAGCAUCGACGGAGCCGUAAAAGAGCAAGUCUACUGGAGCUGCGACUCAAGAAAAGGAUAAAACUAGAGCGCAGCAAAAUUCUUGCACAAAAACAAGUUAUGGAGCGUGCCAGGUUACAGUCGCGCCUGCGCUCUCCAGCAAAUGCACUAUCUCAGGGAAGAGGUCGGGGCACCUCCUACCCUCACGGAAGCUCUUCCAGAGUGACUGGGUCCCUCCAGCUACAGUCUAUUCCCAGUCUGGCCAUUGAACCCAAGGUAGAGCCUUGCAGAGGGCGGGGGAGAGGGGUGAGGCUGCGUGGAGGAGGAGCAGGAAGAGGAAUGACAGGCAGUAGGUACCAUCAGGGGCUGGAAGUGGAGAGUGAAGACAGUAGUAGCAGCAGCAGCACUAACAGCAGCAGCUCUGACGAUGACGAAGAAGGGGAGCGAGUGCAAAAUGGCAAGCAAGCAGGCAAUAAAGAGAACCAGCCACUGUCAAGUUCAGGAGGACAAGCAGCCAAAGAUCGAGAAGAGGAAGAGCGGCGAGACACCAACCAAAAUGGUGGAGAGGAUGAUGGCGAUGAGAUGGAGCAGGGCGCCAAUGGCUCGUUUAUUAAAGUGACACUCCAAAGGCCCACCAAUGACAAGCAGGAACCUUCAGCAAUUGUUCCCAAACUAGAGGCAAUCACACCUCAAUUUGUCCCUGCGGCAAAACCCAACCCCAACAAAACCCUCAUCAGGCCACCUAUCAGAAACCCUAAUAAACAUUCCAGCAGUCAGGUGCCAGCAAUCAAUCGCGGUGGCCACGCACGUACAUCCCACCAAACAGGAGGGAACGAAAUCACCAAACGAAAAAAGCAGAGCAGUGCGGCUAAGCUGAGCAACGGUGCCUCCUCCUCUUGCUCCUCUGAGCUUCUGCACCAUCGCAUCCCUUUGUCUGCCUUGCAAGAUGGAGGUAGUGAAGCUGACAGGGCAGGUGGUGGGAGUAGGCCAGACUGCGAGAGGGAAGUGUGGGUCUCCGUCUUCCGCUACUUAAGUCGAGCAGAUCUUUGUGUGUGUAUGGCGGUCUGCAAGAACUGGUACAAAUGGUGCCUUGACAAGCGACUUUGGGCGCAGAUUGACCUGAGCAUCAAACGCACCAUCACACCUCAAGCCCUGACGGGAAUCAUAAAGAGACAGCCUGCUUCACUAGAUCUUUCCUGGACCAACAUCUCGAAAAAACAACUCGGUUGGCUUGUUGGCCGCCUUCCAGGGCUGAAGGAUCUGAUGUUGGCAGGUUGUUCCUGGACGUCCAUUUCAGCACUCUGUUCCUCUGCUUGUCCUCUCCUCCGCACUCUGGACGUGCGGUAUGCAGAUGGGGUUAAAGAUGCUCAGAUCAGAGACUUGGUCACUCCCCCAGGUUGUGACAACCGCAGUCAGUUGAGGACCAUGCAGUGUUUGCGACUUGCCGGCUUGGACAUUAGUGACUCUACCCUGCGCCUGGUGAUCCGCCACAUGCCCCACUUGACCAAACUGGACCUUUCUCACUGCAACAAUCUCACAGACCACUCCAUCAACCUGCUGACUGCGGUGGGUUCGUCCACCCGGAACACACUAACAGAGCUCAACUUAGGAGGGAGCAGUAAACUCACAGAUACGUGUUUGACGUAUCUCCGCCGCCUGUCUUGCAUAUCACUACUCGACUUGCGAGGCUGUAAAGGCGUCUCCCGCAAAGCGUGCGAGUCCUUUAUCUCAGAGCUAUCAGUCAAUACGCUCUACUGCCUGUCAGAUGAAAAACUGAUCCAAAGGAUAUCCUAAAGCUCGGUUUUAAGUGUCGCAGCAGAGCGAGGACAUUCAAGUACACAUGUACCACAGCAAUGCAGGAGUGACCUCACCAAGAGUGCUUACUCCCUCGUCUGCUGUUGAGGAAAAGGACAGUGUACCUAAAGAGACUCAGGAGUCCUUAUUUUUGGUUUUAUCUUACCGUUUGAGCGGCGGGGAGAAAAUAGGUCAUGGUUAGCUGUUUUAGACUACAUAUCCCCUUUACAUUUCAGCUCCUUUUGGUUGGGUCUGUCACUUUUUGCUUCCAUUUUGGUGACACCUUUUUGCUUCAUGCACAGCAACUGUUGCUUGAUAUUCGUUUAAACUAAAGCCAAACUCUGAAAUAGAAUCUCUAAGUUGUAAAUUUGUUGAUUUGGCAAGUAUGCAUGAACAAGAGAAUUAUGAGUCUAAUCAAUACGGCAACUAGACCCUACCCCAUGAGCGGUCGGGGGGUGGGGGGCGGUUUCCAAUAACAAGCCAAGGAGCAGGUGUCACAUCAGUGGUGGAUUUUCGACCACCAUUCGACAUCAGGUGCUAUUAUUUCCAAACACUUUGUUUUUUGUACAGAGAUUGUUUAGAGAAAUGUAGGUAUGUAUACCCUUUCUCCCCACCUCUGAUAUAUUUUUCUGGAAUUAAAUUUUCUCACAGAAUAUCAAGACACAGUUCAUUGUAGAAAUGUAUAACUUGUUUAUUUGAGGGAGGGCGGCAUAAAUGGGGAUGGGAUAGGAUUGUCUUUCGUUGCACCCAACAAGUAACUUUAACCUGAUACAAACUCCUGGCAGAGACUGCUUUUGUAGCCUCAUGUCUGCAAAUGAAUAUAUAUAUAUAUAUAUAUACUUUUGUGUAAAUGUUUUCCCUCUAUUAGGUGUUCAAAACGGGGAUCCUUGUAGCAUUAUAAUUAUUUUCAGAUUUUUUUUUACUUCGUUUAUGUAUUUUUCAAGAAAAAUAAAAACAAUGAUUCUCAGUGAGUACUGAGUUUUUCCGCCCC